UGUGUACGGAGCGCGCGCCGGUAGGAGAGAGAGAACGAUCGUUGUUCGAAAAGUCAAAUUUCUCGCGUACGUGAAUUAUCGUGUCCGGGAAACGCGUGUGCUCGUAUUUGCACGGACUCGCAUGCGUGAACGAUCGACGACGUCGCGAGUCUCAUCGUCGCAAACACUUGGAAUCCCCGGAAUUGUUGACCGCCCGGCACGUGCCGGCUGUCUCGAACGAACCGGCGAAAACCUAACCUUCAAAGGUUAACUGCGAACGGCGAGAGUGACGCCUUUUGACGAGCACGAGGUGCGUAGUGUCGCAGUUCCUAUCCCGUCAAAUAGCUCAGGAUCCGGUAACAACGGUAUUAAAGAUCGCCAGCGCGGGCCCCGCUGGUGAGUAUUGUAAUGUCCCGGCAGACGGUACCGUGAAGAGGUCGUAAAUUUUGCAAGUACCCGCGCCACGAGAUUACGAGCAUUAUAUCUUCAGGGGAUGCCGGUUGACUGAAGAUGGCCUCGCCGACACCCUCGCUGGAAUCGCGCGCGAAUUCCCUCGGGUCCCCGGUCUCGCUGUCCCCAGUAACAGUGAGCGGCAGUUCGCCGCCUGCUAGCGACUCGGCGAUCUGCGACGUCGACAGCUGCGAUUUGUGCCUGGACGCGCCAAAGUCGGGCGAGGAUCCGUGCCCGCGCUGCCGGCUGGGUAGCACCGGUCGCACCCGCUGCACCGGCUGCAAGUCCAGUUCGGCCGACGCUGUGGCGCGUUGUUACAACUGCGAUCAGUUUCUCUGUCCGAAUUGCGUAAUGGCGCAUCAGUUUAUGCUCUGUUUCGAGGGUCAUCGGGUGCUGAACCUGGCCGACUCCAAGUUGGAGACCGUCGGCGGCAAUGGCAGCGGCGGCGGUAGUGGCGGUGGCGGUGGCACGAUUACCGCCACAACGGAAUUAUCCAAGACCACCUGCAACGGUAGCAACGGCGGAAACGGCGGAGGUAACAGCUUAGUGAUCAAUGGUAGUAGCGGUAACGGCAACAACAGCGAGAAGGUGCACUUUUGCACACGACACAAGCAGGAGAUAAUCAAGUAUUUCUGCCGGAGCUGCAACGUGCCGAUAUGCAAGGAGUGCACGCUGACGGAGCACGCGGCGCCGCUACACGACUGCGCCCACAUCUCGGACGUGGGCGCUCAGCAGAUCGAGGCGUUGGUGCGGACCGUCCAAGAGUGCCGCGCAAAAGCGGCGGACGCCCGUGCGGCCGUCAAGGCGGCGGAUCACAGUGCCGCGGUGCUACAGGUGCAGUAUCAUAAGGCGCAGAAUGAGAUCAACGAUACAUUUCAGUUCUAUCGAUCGAUGCUGGAUGAGCGGAAGCAGGAGCUGUUGAAGGAACUCGAUUCGGUGUUCUCAACGAAGCAGAUUUCCCUCAACGUACUCGGGCAACGCGCCAACGAAAUGGCGGACAAGAUUAUGCAGGCCUGCGACUUCGUCGAGCGCGUUACCAAGGUUACCACCAUUACCGAUCUCCUCAUAGUCAAGAAGGUCUUCGAGUCCAAACUCCAGACGCUGCUCAAUUACACGCCAAACACGGACAUAGCCAAUCAGACCGCGGACCUCGAGUUCGUCAGCAAUUACCAGGCGAUACAAGUAGGCGUGAGAAAUACUUUCGGUUACGUGCGGAGUAGUAGUAGUAGCGAGAACAGCGCCGGCUCGAUUGGCAAGCAGCCACCGAUCGCACGACCUACCGCCUUGUCGAGCAACGGCAUCGGCAGCAGUGGCAGCAACAUCAGCAACGGACCAGGAAACGGAGCGGGCUCCUUAGGCGGUCUUCUCCUGGACCGUACUUACAGUAACGGCCUGAUCUCCUCCAGUAUGAAUUGUGGCUCGUCGUCGUCGCCUUCCUCGAUCGACACCAUCAGCACCGUGAUCUCGAAACGUUUCAGCUCGGCCAACAGCCUAGGCCCAUUCUCCACGACGAUCAGUGAUGUCAAUCUGAACGGCAUGAACGCCAAUCCGUACGAAAAGUGGAGCAACGGCGCCGUGGCGGCGAAUAACGCGCCCGGCGAUUCCGUCCUCGAUCUGACAUCCAAGUUGAUGUCCGCUACCGCAAUAUUCCCUCCCAAAUCGCAGAUCAAACGGCAGAAGAUGAUCUAUCACUGCAAAUUCGGCGAGUUCGGCGUAAUGGAGGGCCAAUUUACGGAACCGUCGGGCGUUGCCGUAAAUGCGCAGAACGACAUCAUUGUCGCCGACACAAACAACCACCGCAUUCAGAUCUUUGACAAGGAGGGCAGAUUUAAAUUUCAGUUUGGCGAGUGCGGUAAACGCGACGGUCAACUGCUUUACCCGAAUCGGGUCGCAGUUGUGAAGACGUCCGGCGAUAUUAUCGUCACGGAACGUUCGCCGACACAUCAGAUACAGAUUUACAAUCAAUAUGGUCAGUUUGUGCGCAAAUUUGGCGCAAACAUCCUCCAACAUCCGCGUGGCGUCACCGUCGAUUCGAAGGGACGUAUUGUCGUAGUGGAGUGCAAGGUAAUGCGCGUCAUUAUCUUUGAUCAGACCGGCAAUGUCUUGCAAAAGUUUGGCUGUUCAAAGCAUCUCGAAUUCCCGAAUGGCGUGGUGGUGAAUGACAAACAGGAGAUCUUCAUCAGCGACAAUCGCGCCCACUGCGUCAAGGUUUUCAAUUACGAGGGUGCUUAUCUACGACAGAUUGGCGGUGAGGGCAUCACCAACUAUCCUAUCGGCGUAGGCAUCAACACUCACGGCGAGAUACUGAUAGCGGACAAUCAUAACAACUUCAAUCUAACCAUCUUCACGCAAGACGGUCAACUGGUCUCAGCCCUCGAGAGCAAGGUCAAGCACGCGCAGUGUUUCGAUGUGGCGUUAAUGGAUGACGGCUCGGUAGUGCUCGCCAGCAAGGACUAUCGGCUGUACAUAUACCGUUAUGUGCAGGUGCCGCCGAUCGGCAUGUAGAGCAGCGACGCGUCACGACGACGACGAUGAUCGUCGUGCGCCAGUGUCAACAUUUGUCAUCGUAUUAUCACCAUCAUUCUCGUUAUCAUCAUCAUCGCCGCUCCACAUCAUUGGACGGCCGCGCGGGAUUACCGCGAUCUCGUCGAUCUUUCCUUUCACCUACGCUCGCCUGUCUUCUCCUACAUCCACCGUUCUAUCACCAACGCUCGCGCGAUCAAUUCACCACUGUUGCCAUCACCUUCUUCGCCCGCCCCCAUCUACGAGACGUUUCACGAACCGCCGACCAUUAGAGAAGGGGCGCAUCAUACGCUCCGUAUACGCGAGGAUUUGACUCCCUCGAGCGAGUGUCGUUCACGCGGCAAGAAUGGAGUCUUCGAAGCGUUUCUCCUGUGGACUCCGCCGUACGAUAUUAUCGGACAUCAUCGACAUCAUCGACGGUAUGCGAGAAAGCAUAGCGCGCGCGCGUUUCCCUCGAUACUUUCUCCGCGUCUUCGCGAGCGGCGGCCCGUUUUGCGCGGACGAAAAGGAGGAGAGACACGCGACGCCCUAUGUGUAACUCUCGCGACGUCGAAUGUCGAGGACCCGCAACAAGAGAGAGAAAGAGAGAGGACGUAAUCAACCUUGCUGCCCCGACAAAUUCGCGCGCGCUCCUUUCUUCGCGCGUACGCGCCGUAUAUACGCGUGCGCGUGCGCGAUAACUUACUUGUUAAUGUUGUUAUAAUACUGAAAAUACUGUUGUUGUUGUUUAGUUGUAGAGCUCGCCGCCGCUAGUCACUUCCCCCCUCGCCUUCCACUCUUCCCUGUCCUCCUUCCUCUUCCCUUCGCACCCGUUACCAAUUCCCCC